AUGGCCCCGUGCCCACGAUCGAAACUCUACUCCACCUCGACCGACGCAUCACGAUUCUCUUACCAUGUCGCAUCUUCCUUCAUUGCUAAGGACCGACCUUAUAACCCCUCCAGCCACGUUUUUCACUUCAACCCAUACAAUCGCAUUCAGCCCCCUCGAAACCGUCAACCUUCCGCCCGCCCCGAAUCAGGACACGAUGCCUUCUUUGUCAGCCGGGUCAACGACUCUGGCUCAGUAGCCUUUGGUGUUGCUGAUGGUGUAGGAGGCUGGGUAGACUCCGGUGUUGACCCCGCUGACUUUUCUCACGGAUUUUGCGAUUAUAUGGCGCUUGCUGCCCAUGAACACCAGACCAGCUCCGAGGCCCCCUUGACAGCAAGGAAGUUAAUGCAGAAGGGAUAUGAUGCAAUCUGCAACGAUCGCAGUCUUCGUGCUGGCGGUAGCACAGCAUGUGUAGCUAUCGCAGGAGCUGAUGGAAACCUCGAAGUUGCGAACCUUGGCGACUCGGGCUUCCUGCAACUACGACUUAAUGGCGUUCAUUCAUACUCAGACCCUCAGACUCACGCAUUUAACACACCUUUCCAACUAUCACUCGUACCUCCUAGCGUUGCCGCUCGUAUGGCAGCUUUUGGUGGUGCACAGCUUAGCGACCUUCCUCGCGACGCUGACGUUACCCAACAUAAACUCCGCCACGGAGAUGUGCUCGUCUUAGCGACCGACGGCGUUCUGGACAACCUCUUUAACCAAGACAUCCUUAGAAUUGCCAGUCGAGUCUUGGUCUCCACAGGCGCAUGGCAGAUGACCGAAGCCGGCAGUGUUCGUGUUGCAGAUGCUCUGGAUCCUUUGGUGGAAUUACCUAAUUCCUCUGAAGGCAAGCGAGCAGUAACACUACAGAGCACACUCGCUACCGAAAUCGUGACCGCCGCCAAGCGAGCGAGUAUGAACACCAAACAAGAUGGUCCAUUCUCCAAGGAGGUCCACAAGUACUAUCCUCACGAGAACUGGCAUGGCGGCAAAGUCGACGAUAUCUGUGUUGUGGUGGCUGUAGUUAAUGAGACUGCUCCCGCUACCAAGAGCAAGCUAUAA